AUGGCCGCCAAGAUAUUUGCCCUCCUUGCACUCCUUGCUCUUUCGGUGAGCGCUGCAACUGCGUUCAUCAUUCCGCAGUGCUCACCGGUUACUGCUGUGGGGUAUGAGCACCCAAUUGUGCGGGCCUAUAGGUUACAACAGGUGCUCGCGGCGAGCAUCUUAGAACAACCAAUUGCCCAAUUGCAACAGCAAUCCUCGGCUCACCUACUAGUUCAGACCAUCGUAGCGCAACUGCGACAGCAACAGUUCCUGCCAGCGCUCAGUCAACUAGCCGUGGCGAACCCUGCCGCCUACUUGCAACAGCAACAGCUACUUCCAUUCAACCAACUGGCUGGGGCGAACGCCGCUGCAUACCUGCAACAGCAGCAGCAGCGCCUGCGUUUACCCAGUCGGCUUGUUGCAACCGCUGCUGCCUACCAUCAGCAACAGCAGCUGCUACCAGUUCACCCAUCGGCACUGGCUAACCCAUUGGCUGCCGCUUUCCUGCAGCAGCAGCAGCAGCAAUUGCAGCCAUUCGACCUGAUGUCUUUGAGGAACCCUGCCUUGUCGUGGCAGCAACCCAUCGUUGGAGGUGCCAUCUUCUAG